GAUGGAGCCUUGCUAGGAUGAGUUGGCCCUAUGAACUGCCCAUCAGCGAUGCUCAGGCCUGUCACUCUGACCCAACAUUGACCUCUGCCCCCAAUGACCCCGUCUCUCCCUCCUCAAAGCACAAUAACCCCAAUUCUAGACUAGACCCUUCACAUGCCAUGCAGCUGUCCACCGCCCCUGCCCUCAAACCUCCAUCCACCUAUGGGUUCAUGCACAAGGACCUAUCCUCUUCCUACAGUCCUCUGAGAAGGCUACAGCACCUGACCACCAUGGUCAGCCACCCGGACCUGGUACUGCUUGGAGAGGGGGAGAGGGCCUCCCAGGGCUCCAGGGAGGACUCGCACACCCGGAAUGCUGUUGGGAAAACUGACUUUGGGAAUUCCUUGGCCCUCACAGCUCCCCAGCCAGGCAGCAGAGACACAGACACCAGUAAGACUAAUCCUAGUGUGGAGAAGAAGAGUGACUGUUGCUUCUCUGACCAAUCUAGUCCAGCCUUCUCACUGGAUAGCAAUAGCCCUUUUGCGAAUGGCUACCUGCCCUUUGAGUCCACUUUGUUUGAUGAUGAUGAUGAUGAAGAGGAUGAUGAUGACGAUACAGCUUUACCUCUGACAGACAGACAAAGAAAAGUUGGAAAGUCACCUGAACCACUUCCUGAAUUUUUCAACUUUAAGGUAAAACAAUUACUGGAGCCAGGGCUAUCUGUGGGUAAAGGCUUGCAGUCCCCUAGUGUCCCCCCAUUAACGGCACAUGAAGGUUCAGACGGGGUCUGGGGGAGUGACUGUGAGCCGCUCUCUUUUGGGAAUAGCCCCUCUGGGCCUGCAAUGGCAAGUCCUACUACUGUUAUGACCUUUUACAUAACAUGGCUAUUCACAGCAACAUCAUAUAGUACCCAACAGCCCUCAUAUUUAAUCCUGUAACAUGUCACAGUUCUGGCCUGGGUACUUCCUUUUCAGUCCAGAUCACCUGUUUUUAAUUUUUUAAUUUUUUUAUUUAACCAGGUAAGCCAGUUGAGAACAAGUUCUCAUUUACAACUGCGACCUGGCCAAGAUAUAGCAAAGCAGUGCGAUAAAAACAACAACACAGAGUUACAUAUGUGGUAAACAAAACAUAAAGUCAAAAAUACAACAGAAAAUAUAUAUACAGUGUGUGUGAAUGUAGUAAGUUAUGGAGGUAAGACAAUAAAUAGGCCAUAGUGCAAAAUAGUUACAAUUUCGUAUUAACACUGGAAUGAUAGAUGUGCAAAAGAUGAUGUGCAAAUAGAGAUACUGGGGUGCAAAUUAGCAAAAUAAAGAACAAUAUGUGGAUGAGGUAGUUGGGUGGGCUAAUUUCAGAAUGGCUGUGUACAAGUGCAGUGAUCGGUAAGCUGCUCUGACAACUGACGCUUAAAGUUAGUGAGGGAGAUAAGAGUCUCCAGCUUCAGAGAUUUUUGCAGUUCGUUCCAGUCAUUGGCAGCAGAGAACUGGAAGGAAUGGCGGCCAAAGGGGGUGUUGGCUUUGGGGAUGACCAGUGAGAUAUACCUGCUGGAGCGCAGACUACGGGUGGGUGUUGCUAUGGUGACCAGUGAGCUAAGAUAAGACGGGGAUUUGCCUAGCAGUGAUUUAUAGAUGACCUGGAGCCAGUGGGUUUGGCGACGAAUAUACAGUGAGGGCCAGCCAACAAGAGCGUACAGGGCACAAUGGUGGGUAGUAUAUGGGGCUUUGGUGACAAAACGGAUGGCACUGUGAUAGACUACAUCCAAUUUGCUGAGUAGAGUGUUGGAGGCUAUUUUGUAAAUGACAUCGCCGAAGUCAAGGAUCGGUAGGAUAGUCAGUUUUACGAGGGCAUGUUUGGCAGCAUGAGUGAAGGAGGCUUUGUUGCGAAAUAGGAAGCCGAUUCUAGAUCUAACUUUUGAUUGGAGAUGCUUAAUGUGAGUCUGGAAGGAGAGUUUACAGUCUAACCAGACACCUAGGUAUUUGUAGUUGUCCACAUACUCUGCCAGAGGUCCAGACAACAGGCCCUCCGAUUUGACACAUUGAACUCUAUCUGAGAAGUAGUUGGUGAACCAGACGAGGCAGUCAUUUGAGAAACCAAGGCUAUUUAGUCUGCCAAUAAGAAUGCGGUGGUUGACAGAGUCGAAAGCCUUGGCCAGGUCGAUGAAGACGGCUGCGCAGUACUGCCUUUUAUCGAUCGCGGUUAUAAUAUCGUUUAGGACCUUGAGCGUGGCUGAGGUGCACCCAUGAACAGCUCGGAAACCGGAUUGCAUAGCGGAGAAGGUACGGUGGGAUUCGAAAUGGUCGGUGAUCUGUAUGUUAACUUGGCUUUCAAAUACUUUCGAAAGGCAGGGCAGGAUGGAUAUAGGUCUGUAACAGUUUGUAUCUAGAGUGUCACCCCCUUUGAAGAGGGGGAUGACCGCGGCAGCUUUCCAAUCUCUGGGGAUCUCAGACAUUACGAAAGAGAGGUUGAACAGGCUAGUAAUAGGGGUUGCGACAAUUUAGGCGGCUAAUUUUAGAAAGAAAGGGUCCAGAUUGUCUAGCCCAGCUGAAUUGUAGGGGUCCAGAUUUUUCAGAACAUCAGCUGUCUGAGGGGGGGGGGGGGGGGGGGGGGCAUGGGCAAGUUGCAGCGGAGGGUGCAGAGUUGGUGGCCGGGGUAGUGGUAGCCAGGUGGAAAGCAUGGCCAGCCGUAGCAAAAUGCUUGUUGAAAUUCUCGAUUAUUGUAGAUUUAUCGGUGGUGACAGUGUUUCCUAGCCUCAGUGCAGUGGGCAGUUGGGAGGAGGUGCUCUUAUUCUCCAUGGACUUUACAGUGUCCCAAAACCUUUCGGAGUUAGUGCUACAGGAUGCACAUUUCUGUUUGAAAAAGCUAGCCUUUGCUUUCCUAACUGAUUGUGUAUAUUAGUUCCUGACUUCCCAGAAAAGUUGCAUAUCGCGGGGGCUGUUCGAUGCUAAUGCAGUACGCCACAGGAUGUUUUUGUGCUGGUCAAGGGCAGUCAAGUCUGAGGAGAACCAGGGGCUAUAUCUGUUCUUAGUUCUGAAUUUUUUGAAUGAGGCAUGCUUAUUUAAGAUUGAGAGGAAAGCAUUUUUAAAGAACAACCAGGCAUCCUAUACUGACGGAAUGAGGUCAAUAUCCAUCCAGGAUACCCGGGCCAGGUCAAUUAGAAAGGCCUGCUCGCUAAAGUGUUUUAGGGAGCGUUUGACAGUGAUGAGGGGUGGUCGUUUGACCACGGACCCAUUACGGACGCAGGCAAUAAGGCAGUGAUCGCUGAGAUCCUGGUUGAAGAGAGCGGAGGUGUAUUUAGAGGUUAAAUUUGUCAGGAUGAUAUCUAUGAGGGUGCCCAUGUUUACAGAUUUAGGGUUGUACCUGGUAGGUUCAUUGAUAAUUUGUGUGAGAUUGAGGGCAUCUAGUUUAGAUUGUAGGUUGACCGGGGUGUUAAGCAUAUCCCAGUUUAGGUCACCAAGCAGUACGAACUCUGAGGAUAGAUGGGGGGCAAUCAGUUCACAUAUGGUGUCCAGGGCACAGCUCGGGGCUGAGGGGGGUCUGUCGCAAGCGACAACAGUGAGAGACUUAUUUCUGGAAAGGUGGAUUUUUAGAAGUAGAAGCUCAAACUGUUUGGGCACAGACCUGGAUAGUAUGAUAGAGCUCUGCAGGCUAUCUCUACAGUAUAUUGCAACCCCACCCCCUUUGGCAGUUCUAUCGAGACGGAAAAUGUUGUAGUUGGGGAUGGAAAUGUCUGAAUUUUUAGUGGCCUUCUUAAACCAGGAUUCAGACACUGCUAGAACAUCAGGGUUGGCGGAGUGUGCUAACGCAGUGAAUAACUCAAACUUAGGGAGGAGGCUUCGGAUGUUAACGUGCAAGAAACCAAGGCUUUUACGGUUACAUAAGUCAACAAAUGAUAACGCCUGGGGAGUAGAAGGGAUACUGGGGGCUACAGGCCCUGGGUUAACCUCUACAUCACCAGAGGAACAGAGGAGGAGUAGAAUAAGGAAAUGGCUAAAGGCUUUAAGAACUGGUCUUCUAGUGCGUUGGGUACAGAGAAAAAAAGGGGCAGAUUUCCGGGCAUUGUAGAAUAGAUUCAGGGCAUUAUGUACAGACAAGGAUAUGGAAGGAUAUGAGUACAGUGGAGGUAAACCUAAGCGUUGGGUAACGAUGAAAGAGAUAGCAUCACUGGAGGCACCGAUUGAGUCGGUCUCCACGUGUAUGGGGGGUGGGACAAAGGAGCUAUCUAAGGCAGGUUGAGCUAGGCUGGGGGAUCUACAGUGAAAUAGUACAAUAAGAAAUAACCAAAACAGCAAUAAGCAAGGCAUAUUGACAUGGGAGAGAGGCAUAAAGCAAUCACAGGUGUUAUUCAAGAGAGCUAAGACAACAGUUGGUAAUGGGGACAAAGUUUCGGCUGAGGCUAAACAUAAACAGGAUGCGGUACCGUAUAAAGGAAUAGUCCAGCAGGCAUCAGCUGUAUAGCUGAGUUAUCAUAAGGUCUGGUGAACAGCAAUAGGAGAGUUCGGAGGUAGUUCGGGGGCUGCUACAGCACUGGCGAGCAAGAGGCCACGGCUUGCGUGUGCUAGCGGGCCGGGGCUAGCAGAUGGGUCUUCGUGGUCGACGUCGUAACGGGAAGCCUUUUGAAACCACAUCAGACGAUUUCGUCGGCAGACCAGUCGUGUUGGAUCGGCGGGGCUCCGUGUCAACACUAGGAGGUGUUGACAGAGAGGUAGAUAGCUGGGAGAUGGGCCUGGCUCGAGGCUAGCUCAAGGCUAACUGGUGCUUGCUAAGGGGCAAUGGUAAUUAGCCAACGUCAACAGCCAUUCGGUUGCAGCUAGCUAGUUGCGAUGAUCCGGCACUAGGGUCCAGUGAGUCCAGUUUUACUGCGCAACAUAAAUUGUCAAGCUUAUUGGUUUUGAUUAUAUGUGAAAUGUCAAUGAAGAUAGUGAGAGGCCUAAAUCCUAACUAAUUAGCCAGAAAGGUCAAGCAAGGUCACUUCCUCUAUAAUAGAUAAGAUCCUCAUAGCUGGAGAGGAUCCAUGUAAUUCCAGCAUAUCAUAUGGUGAAUUGCAAUCAAUAAUAACACCUGCACAGAGAAAAGUAAUUAGUCAGGCCAUAUCCAGAGCUUUGUUUAGUGGCUGGGAUGUUAUGCAUGAUCAGUUGAUACAAGUUUAGUAAGGUUGACUGACAUCUAGGCCAGAGAGUGUGCACAGAGCUGAUAUAUGCAUUUUAAUGUUUAAAAAAAGUUCCUUCGAGAUUUUUUAAAAAGACAGUUGGUAAUAUAAUGUGGGUUUGCACUAUCUUGCAUCUGGUGAAAAUUAGGAUAGAGUUGCAGGGAUUUAACUUUACCUAACCUAAUUUACCUCCUAAUACACUUCAAAAGCAACCAGAUUGGUUGUUGAUGUAUCAUGACUGUGGUCCUGGCCACUCAGCAACUGUAUAGUCUUGGAAAAUAUUGGAAUGCUUGUAUAUGUUUUGACAGAAUAUUACAUUUGCAUAUUUAAAUUGGCAUGUCAAUUCUGAUAUAGUACUUUAUAUAUAUAUAUAUACAGUGGGGAGAACAAGUAUUUGAUACGCUGCCGAUUCUGCAGGUUUUCCUACUUACAAAGCAUGUAGAGGUCUGUAAUUUUUAUCAUAGGUACACUUCAACUGUGAGAGACGGAAUCUAAAACAAAAAUCCAGAAAAUCACAUUGUAUGAUUUUUAAGUAAUUAAUUUAAGAUCAUACAUUUCCUGUAGGUCUUGACCAGGUUUGCACACACUGCAGCAAGGAUUUUGGCCCACUCCUCCAUACAGACCUUCUCCAGAUCCUUCAGGUUUCAGGGCUGUCGCUGGGCAAUACGGACUUUCAGCUCCCUCCAAAGAUGUUCUAUUGGGUUCAGGUCUGGAGACUGGCUAGGCCACUCCAGGACCUUGAGAUGCUUCUUACGGAGCCACUCCUUAGUUGCCCUGGCUGUGUGUUUCGGGUCGUUGUCAUGCUGGAAGACCCAGCCACGACCCAUCUUCAAUGCUCUUACUGAGGGAAGGAGGUUGUUGGCCAAGAUCUUGCAAUACAUGGCCCCAUCCAUCCUCCCCUCAAUACGGUGCAAUCGUCCUGUCCCCUUCGCAGAAAAGCAUCCCCAAAGAAUGAUGUUUCCACCUCCAUGCUUCACGGUUGGGAUGGUGUUCUUGGGGAUGUACUCAUCCUUCUUCUUCCUCCAAACACGGCGAGUGGAGUUUAGACCAAAAAGCUCUAUUUUUGUCUCAUCAGACCACAUGACCUUCUCCCAUUCCUCCUCUGGAUCAUCCAGAUGGUCAUUGGCAAACUUCAGACGGGCCUGGACAUGCGCUGGCUUGAGCAGGGGGACCUUGCGUGCGCUGCAGGAUUUUAAUCCAUGACGGCGUAGUGUGUUACUAAUGGUUUUCUUUGAGACUGUGGUCCCAGCUCUCUUCAGGUCAUUGACCAGGUCCUGCCGUGUAGUUCUGGGCUGAUCCCUCACCUUCCUUAUGAUCAUUGAUGCCCCACGAGGUGAGAUCUUGCAUGGAGCCCCAGACCGAGGUUGAUUGACCGUCAUCUUGAACUUCUUCCAUUUUCUAAUAAUUGCGCCAACAGUUGUUGCCUUCUCACCAAGCUGCUUGCCUAUUGUCCUGUAGCCCAUCCCAGCCUUGUGCAGGUCUACAAUUUUAUCCCUGAUGUCCUUACCCAGCUCUCUGGUCUUGGCCAUUGUGGAGAGGUUGGAGUCUGUUUGAUUGAGUGUGUGGACAGGUGUCUUUUAUACAGGUAACGAGUUCAAACAGGUGCAGUUAAUACAGGUAAUGAGUGGAGAACAGGAGGGAUUCUUAAAGAAAAACUAACAGGUCUGUGAGAGCCGGAAUUCUUACCUGUUGGUAGGUGAUCAAAUACUUAUGUCAUGCCAUAAAAUGCAAAUUAAUUACUUAAAAAUCAUACAAUGUGAUUUUCUGGAUUUUUGUUUUAGAUUCCGUUUCUCACAGUUGAAGUGUACCUAUGAUAAAAAUUACAGACCACUACAUGCUUUGUAAGUAGGAAAACCUGCAAAAUCGGCAGUGUAUCAAAUACUUGUUCUCCCCACUGUAUAUAUAUAUAUAUAUAUAUAAUAUAACAUGAAUUUAAACCUUUUUAAACAUGUCUUGAGGUAAUUUAAAUAUUGAUUUAUUUGGUGUCUGUCAACAGAUGGACAGCCCAAAGAAGAAGUCCCUUCCACCUGUAAAGUUUUUAGAGGGUGAAGUUAUAUGGGCAAAGUUCAACCGAAGACCCUGGUGGCCUUGUGAGAUGACAGUUGACCCAGUACAGGGAACCUACCACAAAAUGAAAGGUAGGCCCUGGUCCUGGGUAUUAUUUUAACAAGCCAUUGUUUGGUUUGAACUGAUCUUGUUGAACAGAUUUGCACUACCUUGGAUGUGUUAUAUUUCACAAUCCACUUUACAUUGAAAUUGACACAUCUCUCUUGCUAAAUGUAUUUUAUACCUGUGAUAAAGGUUAAAUUAAUAUGAAAUCUACAAACACUAAUACCUAGUGGCCCUGGUCCUUUGCUCCUGUGUGGUGAUGUUUCAGAGCCCAGUGAUAGGCCUUGUCGGCAGUACCACAUCAGGACCUUUGGGGAGCCUGUCGAACUGGCCUGGGUCGCAGGGAAAGCUACACACACUUUUCAUGGAGGCUUUGAGUUUGAACAGCUCCCCUUGAUACGCAGGAGAGGAAGGCAAAGAGACAAAGACUACAAAUACACUGUAAUUAUUCAUGUGAAUCAAACAUGUGGCACAGCUUUUUUGUAUGUUGGACAAUAAUCAAUCAUGUUUUACCUGAAUGUAUCUAAAAUACAAAUAUUUGUGAUUACAAAAACACUUUAUUUUCCUCCAUAGAUACCCAAGCGUUUUAAGGCGUCUUGGAAAACCAGUGUGGCUGAGGCAGAAGCUGUCCUCCCAGAGCGGCCCAAAAUGGUUUCCUCUAUACCUGACUCCAUAGAUACAACCCUCCAUGAUGGGUUCACAUCAGAGAAUGAGGACAAGGCCCUUCCAAUUCCCCCUUCCUCCAUUCCAUCCGCCUCUAUACCCCCUGCACCAAGUCACUUAACAAACGGAACUGUGUCACCACAAAGUAAACCUUCCUCAACGAAAGGAAGCAUUUCCAAGAAGCCUCAGAGGAAGAAGAAGCAAAGUAAAGCAUCAAAAGCUAAAAAUGAGUUCUUCAACACCAAAACAUUUGGCAGCACUGACAAGCCAGAGGGGGACAUAGAAGAAUGUCCAUAUUCUGACCUAGACUCUAUCCCCAAUAUUUUGUGUCCUAAAACACUUGAGCGUCAAUCCAAGCCCUCUCAGACUCAUCCCUCAGUUCCAGAAGUAAAAGAAGUGAAGAAGCAGCCUGAAGUCCAAACUGGCCUGUGGUUCAGCAAACCAGGAAAAGACAGGCGACUCAACACUACCACCUCCAUAUCUAAACACAGUUCCUUUAGCAAGGGCCUCUGCAAGAAAAAGACUCAAACUGCAGCUGCUGUCAACAGAAAGACUCAAGUGUCCAGUGUGGCAAUCAAAUUAUGCUCUAGUGAUCAGUUGAAGACUCCAGUGUCCAGUGUAAUAGUCAAAGAACGCCCUGCUGAUCAGUCGAAGACUCCAGCGUCCAAUGCAACAGUCCAAGAAAUGACUGGUGAUCAGUUUAAUACUCCAAUCUUAAGUGUGCCCAAGCUCUCUGAUCAGUCGAAGGCCCUGGGCAAGCAGCCUGCGCAUCUGCCCGCUAGCAACCACCUGAUGACCAGAGCACUUAAAGCUAUGGAGGAAGCUGAGCGGAAGGUCUCAUCUUCCACAAACACUACCUCUGAUAAACCAGAGACCAAAACAGACUGUUAUACAGAGGACAAAUCUUCAAUGGUUGACAACGAUAAUCAGAUCACAGCUUUGCCAAAUUGCUCCUCAUCAAAGUUCACCAGGUCGAAGGACUUUGAGGCAGAGGUUAAGACGGAAAAUGAGGGCAUCUUGGUAUCCCAGAUGCCUGUGGACUUCAUACCUCUAACUUCUGGGAAGGCAAAGAAAGAGAACUGUCUGUCUCACAUCUCCUCCUGUUCCUCUCCCUCGCCAUGCUUCUCUCCCAUGGACGCCUUCAAAGACAUCAAAGAGUUAUCCUUCAAGUCCCUGGAAUCAAGUGAUGGUGAUGGAAAACAUGUGUCUUUUAAACCAAACACUAACUACAAGUUCAGUACUAUCCUCAUGCUGCUGAAGGACAUGCAUGAUACCAGGGAGAAAGAUGGUACACCCUUGGAGCUGGAAAUCGGACCACCUAGUGCCCAUGUAAAAGAGGAGCCAUCAGUGAGUCCACCCUUACUGGGAGAGGAGUCACUCGGUCAAGGCCCUAGUCUCAGUAAAAGUCAACAGGGCAAGGGCAAAACAAAGGCCAAACCCAAGCUCAAGUCUUCUCUGAAAGUAGAAACCCCACAACUUGAAGGCAGCACAAACCAGGACUUGAAAAGGCCAGCCAAAAAGAGAGGCUUGUCUGGGACUAAAAAUAAACGUAAUGGAAAAGUGCCUUGUGGUAAGAGGUCUCCUGGACCUGGCUACCUUGAGAUGGAGACCUCACACCACCUUCCGAGCAAUGCUUGGCAGAAGGUUGACCAGGAUUCAGGAACAUUAGGGGGGGUGGGGGAGGGCUGCAGUGGGCUAACGAAUGAGAGACUACAGAACAUGGUGCGUUUGGAGCAGGGUGGUGCAGACCCAUCGGUGUCCUUUCAGACAAAGACAGGGUUGGACCAGCAGACUAUCCCUGCCACCAAUACUGCAAACACUACACCAAGAACUGGGGAACGCCUGGAGGCUCCCACAGGUAAGGAAGAGGGUUUUUUUCUUGGUUUGACAGAAUGGUAUCCCAAAGGAGAUUAUUACUGAUCAAUGCAUUGACUUUGCUUCAGGAAUUAUACCAUAAGGAAAAUAUCAAAAGCUAUGAAGUAAAAGCGUCCAAUUCAGGGCCAUGAUGCCUAAUUUUCUGUAGAUCAUGACAUUUCAUGGUUUUUACAUGUAUUCAUACUUUUUGCACACUUGUCCUCCAUCAGCACAUAAACGAAUUAGAAAACCAAGCAAAAGACUCAUAGAAUGGACAGAAGAUUAUGAUCAGAUAUUCUCCACAAGGAAGAAACAGAAAAAGGCCCUCCAGUCUUUGGGAAAGGUAGCUCACUCAAACAUACAGUAUUACAUCUCUUGGAUUUUCAGGGUUUUGUACCAGCUUUAUACCCUCUUCAUGUUUUUCCAGGUGGCACAGUCCAACAGCAACAAACCAUAUCCCGUACCAUCAGGGAAAACCACACAUGACCACGCCCCUCUGAACCCACUUCCUGAACCAUCCAAGACUCUGAAUGGACAAGUCCCUCCCCCAAUAGAGAACACUCCUCCUCAGGAUGCACCUAUCCUGUCCAUAGAUACUCUAACCCUGCCUCCUGAAGCAGACCCUUCGCUGUUGUGCGACAGUCUGACAAAGAAUGUUGGUGAGAAACCAUUAACCAACAUUAACAUUUUUACAUGUUUAGUCAUUUAGCAGACGCUCUUAUCCAGAGCGACUUACAGUUAGUGAGUACAUACAUUAUUUUUUUUUUUUUCAUACUGGCCCCCCGUGGGAAUGAAACCCACAACCCUGGUGUUGCAAACGCCAUGCUCUACCAACUGAGCUACAUCCCUUUAACACAUCAAAUGUAUACUUUGGUUGAUUUGCAAAAAAUUACAAAAUGUUUUUGCUAAGCAAUGUACCGUGAAAGCAAGGAAUGUUUUUAUUACAUUACUCCUCUGUAGUAGGGGUCUUAGAUCCUAAACACCUCAUUAUCCCAGAUGUGUGUAAAGGUCCAUAAUAACACUGUCCUGUGGCAGGUGACGUUCCUUACUUGGAAACCAUCCGUAAGAGACAGAGGAAACCCACUCUGAAGAUUCUGGAAUACUCGGAGGCUGCCACAAUCCCAAAGAAGAAGGUAUGGAGGGGUUAGGGAAUGGUUGUGCUUUGUUCAUUAAAGGGACAAUCUGCAGUUCAAACAACAACAAAGUGCAGACCCCGCCACCUUUUUGGGUAAAGAGCUUAGGGAUGGAGCUGGAGAAAUGUAACCACUAAAUUCAUAGAUGGGUCUAUGGAUGCAAGGACUGACCAUCUAUGAGAUCAAAAUGAUAGUUUUAACCAUGUUUUGAAGCUAUACAGUGUUUGUUUACAUUUGUGAAAAAUGUUAUAGUGAAAAAUGUUAUAUUUUGGGUCUGAAUGGGUUAGACAGUUGAACUAAGCUCAUGAGGCAUUUAUACAUUACAUUCUUCAAGAAUAAAUUGCUAUAUAUAAUUAAUUUUAAAGUUAAAAGAAAAAUGUAACAAUUGCAGAUUGCCCCUUUAAGGAUUUUUGUAUCUGAUGGGUCCAUUGAUUUUCACAGUAAUGAAGGCCUUACAGCAGGGGUUGACUGGUUAAUUAUGUAUUACAGGUCAAGUCCCUGAACUCAUCAAGCCAUGCUGUUCAUUCAGGUCAGUCUACACAGGAAGGAUCUCCCUCAAACUGUCCGCAUUACACAGUUCUUAAGUGACUUUCCCACUUUUGUGUAAGAUGAGUACGGAAAAAGCAUUAAGAAAUCUAAGGCUAAACACUGUUUGUCACAAGGCUUUGUGAUACUGCUUUCAUUUACCUCAUGAUUGUCAAUUCAGAGGGUUGAUUGGUCUUGGGGUCAAAGUUGACUUGACCGUUUUUUCCCCCAGGCUCUGGACAACACUCCUUUAAAUCAAAGAUCAAGCAACCAAUGACAUCCACCCCUGCAUCCUCCAUGCCGUUGCCCUGCACGCCUGCACCCUGCCCCCAGACCCCGAAUUGCCUGGCGAGGGGGUCAGACUUCGACCUCACCACGCCCCCCACUAAGGACACUGAUCUCCAUGACGAUGGGCGGGACACCAUAGACCCAGAGAUCAGACAAGAGGUUAAAUCUGCAGCUUUAUUUUAUGGUUCAUACAUUUUACCUGAUAAUAACAUAGAAAUUAUAUGGUAAAAUUGUAAAAACACAAUAAUUAUCAAAUUAAAAAAAACACUAAAACAAGCACCAAUACGUACCUGAAAGAAAUGUUUCUGCAUCGAAUAGUGUUACGGCAUGAUUGCUUGCAAUGUGGCUUUUGGUGCUUGAACUGUCCUGCUGAUUUUCAUCUUCUUUGCUCCUCAGGGUUUUACAUCCAGUUUCGAUGGCAGCUUUUCAUCCAUGAGGGAGGAGUCUUCACUGUGUGAUGACACACUCUUCCCCAAUAAGAAGAUCAUAGGGGACAGAGGGGGCGCGGCCACAUUGAAGGAGAAUGUGUGUCAGGUGAGUAGGCCUCACAUCACCAAUGUAAGAGUAGUUACCUUAUGUUUUUUUAACCCUUUGACAUGUGGUCCCUGCAGCAUACGCUCAAACCUGUGUGAUUAGAAAGCUUAUUUUGAACGUCCAGUUUCGAUUGACGCAAUCACUUCCAUUCAAUUACAGAAGUUUACUUCAAAGAUGAGAGAACCACUCCUUCACCUCAUUAUAACAUCUUUGGUCUGACAGACGUUUACGUGACACCCAGAAUGCAUUGUAUAAUGUCAACAAACAUAGUGCUACACAUAGCUGGCAAAUAGCUUAGCAUUAGCUCAUCAUACAACCUUCAAAAAAGUAUUUUACACACAUCAUAGGUGUCCAUUACAAUCUAUGCAAUAAUCGGAAUGCAUUAUUUGUCACCAGUACAUGAAAACGUGAAUAAAACUGUAAAUACAUUAUGCUCCAUAUAUACUGUACAUACACUACCAGUCAAAAGUUUGGACACACCUACUCAUUCAAGGGUUUUAUUUUUCACUGUUUUUUACAUUGUAGAAUAAUAGUGAAGAUAUCAAAACUAUGAAAUAGCACAUAUGGAAUCAUGUAGUAACCAAAAAAGUGUUAAACAAAUCAAAAUAUAUGUAAUAUUUUAGAUUCUUCAAAGUAGCCACCCUUUGCCUUGAUGACAGCUUUGCACACUCUUGGCAUUCUCUCAGCCAACUUCAUGAGGUAGUCACCUGGAAUGCAUUUCAAUUAACAGGUGUGCCUUCCUAAAAUAUAAUUUGUGGAAUUUAUUUCCUUCUUAAUGCGUUUGAACCAAUCAGUUGUAUUGUGACAAGGAGAUAGCCCUAUUUGGUAAAAGACCAAGUCCAUAUUAUGGCAAGAACAGCUCAAAUAAGAAAAGAGAAAUGACAGUCCAACAUUACUUUAAGACAUGGAGGUCAGUCAAUACGGAACAUUUCAAGAACUUUGAAAGUUUCUUCAAGUGCAGUCGCAAAAUCCAUCAAGUGCAAUGAUGAAACUGGCUCUCAUGAGGACCACCACAGGAAUUAAAGAUCCAGAGUUACCUCUGCUGCAGAGUUACCAGCUUCAGAAAUUGCAGCCCAAAUAAAUGCUUCAUAGAGUUCAAGUAACAGACACAUCUCAACAUCAACUGUUCAGAGGAGACUGUAUGAAUCAGGCCUUCAUGGUCGAUUUGCUGCAAAGAAACCACUACUAAAGGACACCAAUAAUAAGAAGAGACUUGCUUGGGCCAAGAAACACGAGCAAUGGACAUUAGACCAGUGGAAAUUUGUCCUUUGGUCUGGAGUCCAAAUUUGAGAUUUUUGGUUCCAACCGCCGUGUCGUGUGGGUGAACGGAUGAUCUCCGCAUGUGUAUUUCCCACCGUAAAGCAUGUAGGAGGAGGUGUUAUGGUGUGGGGGUGCUUUGCUGGUGACAAUGUCUGUGAUUUAUUUAGAAUUGAAGACACACUUAACCAGCAUGGCUACGACAGCAUUCUGCAGUGAUACGCCAUCCCAUCUGGUUUGGGCUUAGUGGCACUAUCAUUUGUUUUUCAACAGGACAAUGACCCCACACACCUCCAGGCGGUGUAAGGGCUAUUUUACCAAGAAGGAGAGUGAUGGAGUGCUGCGUCAGAUGACCUGGCCUCCACAAUCCCCCGACCUCAACCAAAUUGAGAUGGUUUGGGAUGAGUCAGACCGCAGAGUGAAGGAAAAGCAGGCAACAAGUUCUCAGCAUAUGUGGGAACUCCUUCAAGACUUUUGGAAAAGCAUUCCAGGUGAAGCUGGUUGAGAGAAUGCCAAGAGUGUGCAAAGCUGUCAUCAAGACAAAGAGUGGCUAUUUGAAGAAGCUCAAAUAUAACAUAUAUUUUGAUUUGUUUAACACUUUUUUGGUUACCACAUGAUUCCAUAUGUGUUGUUUCAUAGUUUUGAUGUCUUCACUAUUAUUCUACAAUGUAGAAAAUAGUUAAAAUAAAGAAAAACCCUUGAAUGAGUGGGUGUGUCCAAACAUUUGACUGGUACUGUACAUACUGUAUGCUACAGUGGAAACGACAACACAAUAUACAGAAAAUAAGUCACUUACUUUGAAAGGAAUGCACACAUGUCCAAAGUUAUUAUUUGUUAGGAAUUCAACAAUGAAGGCAAUGCGAGCGCCAGCCAGAAAAUGUGCCAGGGGGAAAAAGUUUGUGCAAGACAGCGCAAAUGUCUGCAUACUUGAUCUGCGUAAACACUGGGGAAGUGCUUGGGCUCUCCUUGAAGAAGUUAGACCAGCUCAGUAAAGCCUCAAACAUAAAUUGUCCGGAACAGUGAAAUGGGCUUGUCACGAAUUCAGCCGAGGCUGCCCCUCCUCCUUGCUCGGGCAGGUUUCGUCGUUCGUCGUCACCGGCUUACUAGCCACUACCGCUCCAUUUAUCAUCACUCCAUUUGUCUUGUCUUGUCUUGUCAAUCACACACACACCUGGUACUCAUUCCCUCAUUAGUCUGUGUAUAAGUGUUCCCUCUGCCGCCUUGUCCUUUGUGAGUGAUUGUUCAUUGUGAGAGUGAGUAGCUCGGUUGAGCUACUCUUUCCUUGUAUGUAGCCAAGUAGAAUUUUUCCCUUGUGCUAGUUUCGUUUUGACGCUUGCUGCGCUUUAUUCAUGUACACUGAAUAAACUCUGGAUUUCUGUGUUUUCCCUCCUGCGCCUGACUCCGUCAUUCACACCUCAUCACAGGGCUACUUCUACGUGAAUUAAUGAGGAGGCGGAACACACCUCAAUUCAAAUUGUUGUUAGAAAAUAAAACCUAUUAGAAAAUAAUUUGAAAUUUACAAGUUGAAACAUAGCCUACAGAUAAUUAGCAGGCAGCACGGGUUAACUGUCGCAUUGCGUAACAAUCACAUUUUUGAAUGUGCAUAAAACAACUCACGCUGGGGUGACCGUUAGAGAUAUUUGGAACUCACACGUGAAAAGGUUAAAGUGCUAUAAGUGAUUUUGGAAUCUAUUUCCUCUUUGCCCAUCAGAAAGUUUCAGAUAGCUGUGUACAUGUUGUUCUAAUGUUGUGUAAACCUUUAUGGACUGUAUGGUAGGUAUGUGAGAAGACUGGGGAGCUUCUGCUGUGUGAAGGCCAGUGUUGUGGGGCCUUCCACCUCCAGUGUAUCGGCCUCAUAGAGCCUCCUAAAGGGAAGUUUGUCUGCCAGGAGUGCAAGUCUGGUGGGUCAAGCACAUAUUCUGUAAAAACACAACCACUUUAUCCUCAUUAACACGUUUUUAUGCCUCAUUCCUGCUCAGACAAAAUUGUGGAAAGACUAUUAUUAGUUGCAUUUAAAGUUAUCAGUGUGCUAUCUGAUUGUAUCACGCAAUUUUGCUGAUUCUCUCCCCUCAGUCAUCCUCUCAUCCUAACGUCCACCAUUCUCUCUGGCUUGUAAAAGCAAAUCAGUUUAUUAAACUUGAUGUGUUUGUUGCUAGGUGUCCACACCUGUUUUGGGUGUAAGAAGCCAGGGGAGGACGUGAGGCGCUGUAUGAUUCCAGUGUGUGGGAAGUUCUACCAUGGAGAGUGUAUCGCCAACCACGCUCCCGUUGCCCCUCUGCACCGGGGCUUCCGCUGCUCCCUCCACGUCUGUCUGUCUUGCUUCAUCACUAACCCUGUCAACCCCUCCGUCCCCAAAGGUGUGUGCUGCUCUGCUCCACCCAGCACAGUUCAGUUUCAUUCGAUUUUAUGCAAAUCUGCUUAAUUGCAAUCACCUUACCCUGGUAACUCUACAGGAGAAAGGGAUGACGUUGGAGUUGGAAAACUGAAAAAUUUUAGCAAAAUAUAUGUAUAUAUAUUUUUUGUACAAGAAAUUCAGUUAGUUCAAUUCGACGCCAUGAUAGAAAGACCAACUACUUGAAAUGAGCUGUGGGAAGUAAAUAUAUGUAUACCAGAUAUUCUAACUAACAGCUCAUUGUGCCUCUGUCUCCCCUGUGUUGUGUGUCCUGUAGGUCGUCUGAUGCGCUGUGUGCGUUGCCCCGUGGCGUACCAUGCCAAUGAUUACUGCAUGGCAGCGGGCAGUGUGGUCCUGGCCAACAACAGUUUCCUGUGUCCCAACCACUUCACCCCCCGCAAGGGAGUCCGCAACCAUGAACACGUCAACGUCAGCUGGUGCUUUGUCUGCUCUGAAGGUACGCCGGCCUCCACAUAUGUUGGGUUGUUAGAGUCCGAUAUGCAUAGAUACACAUAUGCAUUACAUGAUCAGGGUCCAAUUUCCUCCGAACACAUGAUCAGAGUUCGUAUGUACUAGAGCCCAGUUACAUCUCUGUUUACUCAUGUGAGUUUUCAAUCCCAUAGACCAGUUCAGUAGACAAACUGUUAUUCCUCUCCCCUGCUCCAGGGGGCAGUCUGCUGUGCUGUGAGUCGUGUCCUGCUGCCUUCCACCGGGAGUGUCUGAACAUCGACAUGCCCGAGGGCAGCUGGUUCUGUAACGACUGCCAGGCCGGGAAGAAGCCCCACUAUAAGGACAUCCUGUGGGUCAAAGUGGGCCGGUACAGGUCAGUACAGCCGCCUGGGUACCAACCUCACUGGCUCACCAUUGGUUUGGCAAAACAACAACAAGUUGGCUAAAGCAGAAACAGAUUGGCAUCCAGGAUAUUAGUAAUAGUCCUCCCCUACCUAAACCACAUUCCUCAUGCUAAAGUAUCCUAUAGGUGUUCUGACAUUACAAAACAACAAAGGUACUGAGAACCGAAAUGCACCUGCAUUUCUCUUCACAAUAGGGCAGUGGUUGCAAAUGGUAGUGGUUUUUCUGCCAUGGCCCAUUUUCUUUUCUCAUUCAUAUCGUCUUUUCCCUUUCUAUCUUCUGUCUAGGUGGUGGCCUGCGGAGGUCAACCAUCCCAAGAACAUUCCGGAGAACAUCCUACGUGUGAGGCACGACGUAGGAGAGUUCCCUGUGCACUUCUUUGGCUCCAACGACUACCUGUGGACCUACCAAGCCAGAGUCUUCCCCUACAUGGACGUAGACACCAACAACAAGGAGAAGAUGGGGAAGGGUGUAGACGCCAUCUACAAGAAAGGUAUUCACACCAACUUUGAUUGGCAGUAGAGGAAAUUUGAACGGGAGGCUUGAGCUGUGCAAGUGUUUGUAGUGUGGGUGUGUACAGAGAGUAAGAGUGUGUUGUCGAAAUGAAUUGUGACAAGGUUGUUGUUGACUUAAUGUUAAUCUUUCCCCAGCUUUGGAGGAAGCUGCUAGCAGGUUUCUGGAACUGCAGGCAGAGAAAGAACUGAGACAGCUUCAGGAGGACAGGAGAAAUGACAAGAAACCCCCUCCAUACAGACACAUCAAGGUACCACAACUGCCACACCUCUUGCCACACAAAAUGUAUACAUUACAGGCCAAUUGCAGUCAAAAACAUGACUUUCCUGCGUUUUAUAUACACUGAGUGUACAAAACAUUAGGAACACCUUCCUAAUAUUGAUUUGAACCCGCUUUUGCCCUCAGAACAGCCUCAAUUCAUUGGGGCAUGGACUCUACAAGGUGUCAAAAGUGUUCCACAGGGAUGUUGGCCCAUGUUGACUCCAAUGCUUCCCACAGUUGUGUCAAGUUGGCUGGAUGUCCUUUGGGUGGUGGACCAUUCUUGAUACACACAGGAAACUGUUGAGCGUGUAAAACCCAGCAGCGUUGCAGUUCUUGACACACUUAAACCGGUGCGCCUGGCACCUACUACCAUACCCCGUUCAAAGGCACAUCAAUAUUUUGUCUUGCCCAUUCACCCUCUGAAUGGCACACAUUCACAAUCCAUGUCUCAAGGCUUAAAAAUACUUAUUUAACCUGUCUCCUCCCCUUCAUCUACACUGAUUGAAGUGGAUUUAACAGGUGACAUCAAUAAAGUAUCAUAGCUUUCACCUGGAUUCAGUUGGUCAGUCUAUUUCAUGGAAACAGCAGGUAUUCCUAAUGUUUUGUAUACUCAGUGUAUAUUUCCACUAUGAGGUUGAAAUAAUACUGUAAAAUUGUGAAAAUUAUAAUAAUGCCCUUUUAGUGUAAAAGCAGUUUGAUAAGACUGCCUGAAAUUUUAGCCUGUUUGGGUGGGAUGAAGUUUUGGCCUGCCUAGUGACAUCACCAGGCGAUAAAUUAGUUAAUAGACCAAUAAGAAAGAGAGUUCCAAACCUCUCUGCCAAUAACAGCUAGUUUUCAGUUUUCCCUUCCCCACUCAGACAACUCCCAGACAUUCCUAGCAAAAGUCUUGCUUGAGAAAUUGCACUUUGCUAAGAAGCUAUUUUUGUACAUUUUUGACUAUUUUAAUUGAAAACAAUCACAGUAAGGUACUUAAUUGUUACCCAGAAAUGAUUUGAUAUUGAGAUAAAAAAAAGUCUGCGUUGAACCUUUAACUUUCAGUUUUCAGUUGCAGAAGUAUUACCACAUCCCCUUGACAACUUCAUUCCUCUGAAGUCACUCUCCUAACCCCUCAGGUGAAUCGGCCAAUCGGGAAGGUGCAGUUCAUCACGGCCGACCUAUCAGAGAUCCCGUGCUGUAACUGCAAGGCAUCGGACGAGAACCCGUGUGGCAUUGACUCUGAGUGUAUUAACCGCAUGCUGAUGUACGAGUGCCACCCCCAGGUGUGCCCGGCGGGCGAGGGCUGCCAGAACCAGGCCUUCAGCAAGCGCCAGUAUAGCCAGGUGGAGAUCUUCAGGACACUGGCACGAGGCUGGGGCCUCCGCUGUGCCCAUGACAUCAAGAAGGUAAUGGUGGAGGUUUUACCAUGAAUCAUGUAACGUAGAGAUCAAUGUGCCACCAUGAAACUGUAUCCAAUGGGGCUAAAACUAUAUUUUCAAAAAGCUAUGGAUUUGAAAGGGGGCUUUGUUUGAUUCCUCUUCUAUCCAGACAGAUUUCAGUCCCAGCAUACUUUUUUUCUAGAAAGUGUAAGCAAUAUUUUGGAUGUUAAAUGGCAUAUUAUUAUUAUUAUUAAAGGAAUCCUCUCCAUGUAAAGAUCAAGUAUAAUGACUUUUGAAAUGGUAAUCAGUGCUAUGUUAAUUGAAUCAUCAAACCAUAAAGCGACGAAGCCCUGUCAUCAAUAGCCAUCAUGGCUUUGAAACAUUGAUUUGCACAAAUCUAUCUGCUAUGAUCUUUACAUGUAAAUUACCCUUUCAAAAGUCAGUUAGACCCAAUGGAGCUCUCAGAUGAAUCCAAGAGUCCAAUCCAAGAGUACUUCUUUGAGUCCAAUCCAAGAGUACUUCUUUGAGUAGUAGAAUGAUUGGUAGUAGAAUGAGUGUUCCACUGUAUCUCUCCUGCUGAUGGUCAUGGUUGUGUGUUCUUAGGGGGAGUUUGUGAAUGAGUACGUAGGAGAGGUGAUCGAUGAGGAGGAGUGUCGGGUCAGGAUCAAACAUGCCCAGGAUAACGACAUCUGUAACUUCUAUAUGCUGACUCUGGACAAGGUGGGGCUCAGGAGUCAGGAUUUAAGAGCUCUCAUGGGACUGUCUCUUGGCCUGAAGUUAUCUCUGUAAUCUUAUGACCGUUAACCACGAUUUCUGUAACUAGCUACAGGAAGUUGUCAUGGGUUAUUAAUAUUGGUUACGUUAUUGGUUAUUAUCACUACUAUUGACCAUUUUUGGUUUCUUGUUCUCUUAGAUGUUAAGUCCCCUAUAUAGAUUCUGGACCGGUUCUGGACAGAUUCUGACCGAUAUUUAUAUGAACAACGCGCUCUGUGAACGGCGUUACAUCAAUUGCCGUACACUCCCUAAAAGCGCUGGUUGUCCUGAUUCAUAUGCGCUAUUGCAAGCGCAGCUGUGAGUUUCACAGACACAGGAAAUCGGGUAUUUGCAUAGGGAGCGACACGUCACAUUUUCUGUGCCUGUGAAUCUCACAGCUGUGCUUGCAAUAGCACAUAUAAAAUGGGAAAGUGAAGCUGAUGUAACAACAGUGGUUUCGUCUCGCUGUGAUGUUCUCAGGUGGAUUUAUAGCUCUGAAAUUGUAACGAGUCUGCACACAUUUGAAUGGUGUCUCAACGCCGCUCAGAGGACGUUUGACAGAAAAGCUCUGUCGUCAGCAAUAUGAAACAGUGCCAAUAUAGUACUGUCACUAAGUAUGAUCAUAUUUAUUUUACAGUUAUAAGAAAGGUGAAAUCGUAUAGUAAGUCAUUUAUAAUUUGAUUGUUACUAUAUUUAGAAAGCAUUUAAGUCCUUUCAAGCCCUAUUGCUCCACUUUUGUUGAAUAGGGGAAAAAAUCAUAAUACAGAGCUGCCAACUCUCACGCAUUGGCCCCUCUUCUCACGCUCUCACCGCACACCUCUUAUAUUUCACGCAUUGAAAAGUACUGCUUUUAUGUAGUCCAUUGUAUAGUCAGCGUGUUAACCUUUCAACUGUGCUCCAAAUCGUUUUGAAAUCGGAGCAUCUGCGCCUUCAAUUUAACAUCAUCAAGAGCGGAACCUCUAUCAUUGGCCUGUCAUGUCACAGCACUGUGAACCGCGGCACAUUGAAGUAUAUGAUUGGUCUAGAUAUGUAAGCGAUCAAGGGGGUUGGUUGCAUGUUUUAAAGAUACGCCCCUCAAGAUUAGUUUAAAAAGAGCAGCACGGUAGCGCUGUUUUAUGUACAAUGUUGUCAACAAAAUGAGGGUGCUGUUACUCUGGUCCCUACUGCAGAAUGCAGCCUUCUGACAGCAUGUACUAAAGUCGAUUUAAUCCACACUUGCAUUAGUCCCCUCGUUUGGUGAUUGGCAUUUAGGCUACAAGCCAAUUUAUGCUUUAUCCAUAUAUAUAUAUAUAAAAAUAUUUUUUUUACAUUUUUUGGUCAUUUAGCAGACGCUCUUAUCCAGAGCGACUUACAGUUAGUGAGUGCAUACAUUUUCAUACUGGCCCCCCGUGGGAAACGAACCCACAACCCUGGCGUUGCAAGCGCCAUGCUCUACAAUGUGGUCGGAGGCUCCGUAUGGAUGGUGUAACGCAAUUGUGGAGCCUCUGGAGACAUGCAGAGGCCAAAUUGUGCUCCAUACAGCAUUGCUGUGCGACUCCCAAAUUCAGUAACAAUGCGGGGGGUUCCUUAUAGCUCAGUAUAGCUCCGCAUUGACAUGAUUGGUUGACGGUAGUUGGGUGCGGGAGGUCCUGUAUAAACACAAACUCCCUUCCUUGACAACUUCCUUGACACAGCUCUGCUCAACAGAUCUGUGCUGCUACGCGAAGCGCAAGAAGUAUGAAUGCCCUGACUUCUGCAGAGGCCGUAUCGCCAUAAUGCUGCACUGCCAAUGCAGAGGCCAGAUUGACAACGAAAAGGCAGCAGACAGUCCUACAGUAUGUUUUAUCAGGGAAGUUUGGUAGGGGCAGAUUUAUGUCAUCUUGUCUUCAGGAGAUUUUAUUAUCUACAGUAUUUACUUGAUUUAGUCUAAUCAGUGGAACAAUUGUCAUUCUUAACAAUGGGCUAAAAUAUAGGGUAAUUAGUGUGCUUGUCAGCAAGAACACUACUGUUAUUCCCCACACUUAUUUUAUUAUAACACUUCUUCCCAAUUUUGCCAGUGGAAUCACAUAUUUGAAAUCUGAUAUGACUACUUGUGUCUUUUGAAAAUGAAUUGUACAAGGCUAUGUAUUAAUGCAGCCAUUCAUGGACAGUUUUCAAUAAGUCAUACAAAUAAGCAUUGGAUAUUAAAUGCUCCAGGAAUCAAAUGUAAUUUGUCACGUUAGUAUUGUGCACAUGCUAGGCAGAGAUGGUAGGGGGACACAACUCAAACACAUCAUAUUUUGUCUAUGUACAGUAAGAUGAUGGCAAGGAUCUUCAACUAGUAGGCAUAAACCACCUGAAUAUUGAUAUUCAUUAAAGAGAUAGUUCACCCAAAUGACAAAAUGUUUGUGUCCUUACCUUGAAAGCAGUCUAUGGACAAGGAGACUGCAAUCUAUGAUUUGGUUACCCACUGCCAUCAACCAUUAAUAUUAACAAUUCCUGUGCAGAGCCUUGGUGAAGUGGUAACACUACAACAUUCCACCUGAGAACAGGGCUCAAUCCCUUUUUCGAACCUGCCCACUGUUUCUAGAAUGUGCCUGUCUCCCUAUCUCACUUCAUUACUGUCUGAAUAAAGUGUCAAACCAACUACAAAUAUGUUUACAAAAAAAUAUCAGCAUACUUUAAAUUUCAUCCCCCCAAAAUCUCAAAGUAACAAAGUCAUCGAAUUGAGUGUUCAUUUAAUGUUGAAAGCAUCCUGAAUACACCUCACCUGUGGUUUUUAUGUUUAACUUUUCCACCCUGGUCAUAGGCCUAAGCCAUGUCAAAAUACGUAGAAUUGCAGGAAAUUAGUUUUAAACAGUAACAUUUUCCUGGGGGAGGACACCCAGUUCCCCAUCUAGGGGUUGUGCUAGUGGGCAAUGAAAUUCACAUAGCAAAACCUCACUCCAAGCUUUCUUCAAAAGUUGGCAGCCCUGUCAUAUUUAUGAUUUUUCAUAAUCCAUAAUAUUUGUACUAUGUACUUGAGCUUAUGUCCUCAAACGUGAGUACACCUCAGCUAUUAAUUUGUGAACAAUUACCAGAGGGGUGAGUUUUACACCUUUCUAAAACUAUGCAGCAUUACCAUUAAUGUUUAUGGCCAUCUAAUGAAAAAUAUUUACUUUUGAGUAUGUCUAUUUAGGCAGAAAUCUACAUUUUUCCCUAUCAUUCAAGAGAGGGGAUUAUUUUGGUUUACUGUAUUUCAUCUCAGAAAAUUGCAUCUGCUUUGCAUGGUAACACAAAGACACCCAAAAGUAAUGAUGAUUGAACAGUGUUGUCCAUGUCGGUGUGUUGAUCAGGAUCGGAUCAUUGAUGCCGGGCCGAAGGGGAACCAGGCCCGCUUCAUGAACCACAGCUGCAGGCCCAACUGUGAGACCCAGAAGUGGACGGUGAAUGGAGAUACACGUGUGGGGCUCUUCACUCUCAUAGAUGUCCCUGCAGGUGAGCGGCGCUUUGGCUUAAGGAUUUGGUGCUUUAUUACAGCUUUGGUUUUUGGCAACACUUUUCAUUAUAUAGGCAUUGGCAGGAGAACUACACUACAUGACCAAAAGUAUGUGGACACCUGCUGCUCGAACAUCUCAUUCCAAAAUCAUGUGCAUUAAUAUGGAGUUGGUCCCCCUUUUGGUGCUAUAACAGCCUCCACUCUUCUGGGAAGGCUUUCCACUCGAUGUUGGAACAUUGCUGCAGGGACUUGCUUCCAUUCAGCCACAAGAGCAUUAGUGAGGCCAGGCACUGAUGUUGGGCGAUUAGGCCUGGCUCGCAGUCGGUGUUCCAAUUCAUCCCAAAGUUGUUCGAUAGGGUUGAGGUCAGGGCUCUGUGCAGGCCAGUCGAGUUCUUCCACACCGAUCUUGACAAACCAUUUCUGUAUGGACCUCGCUUUGUGCAUGGGGGCAUUGCCAUGCUGAAACAGGAAAGGGCCUUCCCCAAACUGUUGCCACAAAGUUGGAAGCACAGAAUCGUCUAGAAUGUAAUUGUAUGCUGUAGCGUUAAGAUUUCCCUUCACUGGAACUAAGGGUCCUAGCCCGAACCAUGAAAAACAGCCCCAGACCAUUAUUCUUCCUCCACCAAACUUUACAGUUGGCACUAUGCAUUCAGGCAGGUAGUGUUCUCCUGGCAUCCGCCAAACCAAGAUUCGUCCAUCGGACUGCCAGAUGGUGAAACGUGAUUCCACUGCGAUCUUUACACCACUCCAGCCGACGCUUGGCAUUGCGCAUGGUGAUCUUAGGCUUGUGUGCGGCUGCUCGUCAAUGGAAACCCAUUUCAUGAAGCUCCCGACGAACAGUUCUUGUGCUGACGUUGCUUCCAGAGGCAGUUUGAAACACGGUAGUGAGUGUUGCAACCGAGGACAGACGAGUUUUACGGCUUCGCGCUUCAGCGCUCGGCGGUCCCGUUCUGUGAGCUUGUGUGUGGCCUACCACUUCGCGGCAGAGCUGUUGUUGCUCCUAGAUGUUUCCACUUCACAAUAACAGCACUUACAGUUGACUGGGGCAGCUCUAGCAGGGCAGAAAUUUGACGAACUGAUUUGUUGUAAAGGUGGCAUCCUAUGACGGUGCCACGUUGAAAGUCACUGAGCUCUUCUGUAAGGCCAUUCUACUGCCAAUGUUUGUCUAUAGAGAUUGCAUGGCUGUGUGCUCGAUUUUAUACACCUGUCAGCAACGGGUGUGGUUGAAAUAGCCGAAUCCACUAAUUUGAAGGGGUGUCCACAUACUUUUCCAUAUAUAGUGUAUAAGGGUAGCAUUGCACCAGGUAUGGAAGAAAGGGAAGUUGCAUAAUAUUUACCACUGUGAGGGCAAAGUAGUCCAUAAGUAGUAUAUUUACAGUACCACGUUUUUUUACACGGUAAUCAUAUCAGCAGUUCACAUCAAUCUCUAAUUGUGGAUACUGGUUUAUAUCUGUCCUCUAUGGGUCAUUCUGUCUGUCUCCAGGCACAGAGCUGACGUUCAACUACAACCUGGAGUGUCUGGGGAAUGGGAAGACUGUGUGUAAAUGUGAAGCCCCAAACUGCAGCGGCUUCCUAGGAGUCCGGCCAAAGGUGAGAGGAGACACUGGAACCAGAUGUUGUUAUUGAUGAUAUGAUCCACAGAAUGAUACAUCAAUAGUAGAAACAAUCUUGAUAGCUAUUUUAAAAUCUCUUUCCACAAAUCCAAGAGGCCCUUGAUACAGUAGUCAAAAUAGUAGUCAUGUCAACGGGAAUGAGAUAUUUGAAUGAAAGGGCCAUCUAGGAGAAAGUUUGGGUUUCUGUGUCUCUAUCAACAUCCUGACUCUUCGUCCUUCCCCAGAACAACCCUCCAGCAGACGACAAGGUCCGCAAGCUGAAGAAGAAGGUCCUGGCAAAACGGAAGAACAAGAUGGAGGUGACCAAGGAGAGGGAGGACGAGUGCUUUAGUUGUGGGGACGGGGGACAGAUUGUGUCCUGUAAGAGACCAGGCUGUCCCAAGGUCUACCACGCAGACUGUCUCAACCUCACCAAGAGGCCUGCAGGUCAGUGGCACAGUUAGAUUCCUGUCAGAGGAGAUGAUAUCGUAGUAUCAUAGCUUGUAGUGGUUUGUUCUGUUUCCCCUCUGUUACUGUAGGUUUGUGUGAUUGGAGAAUUAUAUACACUACUGGUCAAAAGUUUUAGAACACCUACUCAUUCAAGGGUUUUUCUUUAUUUUACUAUUUUCUACAUUGUAGAAUAAUAGUGAAGACAUCAAAACUAUGAAAUAACACAUAUGGAAUCAUGUAGUAACCAAACAAGUGUUAAACAAAUCAAAAUAUAUUUUAUAUUUGAGAUUCUUCAAAUAGCCACCCUUUGCCUUGAUGACAGCUUUGCACACUCUUGGCAUUCUCUCAACCAGCUUCACCUGCAAUGCUUUUCCAAAAGUCUUGAAGGAGUUCCCACAUAUGAAAAAUGUAUGCACUCACUAACUGUUAUGUCGCUCUGGAUAAGAGUGUCUGCUAAAUAACUAAAAUGUAAAAUGUAAAUAUGCUGAGCACUUGUUGUUCUUUUCCUUCACUCUGCGGUCCGACUCAUCCCAAGCCAUCUCAAUUUGGUUGAGGUCGGGGGAUUGUGGAGGCCAGGUCAUCUGAUGCAGCAUUCCAUCACUCUUCUUCUUGGUAAAUUAACCCUUACACAGCCUGGAGGUGUUGGGUCAUUGUCCUGUUGAAAAACAUAUGAUAGUCCCACUAAGCCCAAACCAGAUCGGAUGGCGUAUCGCUGCAGAAUGCUGUGGUAGCCAUGCUGGUUAAGUGUGCCUUCAAUUCUAAAUAGAUCACAGACAGUGUCACCAGCAAAGCACCUCCACACCAUAACACCUCCUCCUCCAUGCUUUACGGUGGGAAAUACACAUGCAGAGAUCAUCCGUUCACCCACACCGCAUCUCACAAAGACACGGCGGUUGGAACCAAAAAUCUCCAAUUUGAACUCCAGACCAAAGGACACAUUUCCACCGAUCUAAUGUCCAUUGCUCGUGUUUCUUGGCCCAAGCAAGUCUCUUCUUAUUAUUGGUGUCCUUUAGUAGUGGUUUCUUUGCAGCAAUUCGACCAUGAAGGCCUGAUUCACACAGUCUCUUCUGAACAGUUGAUGUUGAGAUGUGUCUGUUACUUGAACUCUGUGAAGCAUUUAUUUGGGCUGCAAUUUCUGAGGCUGGUAACUCUAAUGAACUUAGCAGCAGAGGUAACUCUGGGUCUUCCAUUCGUGUGGCGGUCCUCAUUAGAGCCAAUUUCAUCAUAGCGCUUGAUGGAUUUUGCGACUGCCCUUGAAGAAACUUUCAAAGCUUUUGACAUUUUCCGUAUUGACUGACCUUCACGUCUUAAAGUAAUGAUGGACUGUCGUUUCUCUUUGCUUAUUUGAGCUGUUCUUGAUAUAAUAUGGACUUCGUCUUUUACCAAAUAGGGCUAUCUUCUGUAUACCACCCUACCUUGUCACAACACAACUGAUUGGCUCAAACGCGUUAAGGAAAGAAAUUCCACAAAUUAACUUUUAAGAAGGAAAACAUUGUUAAUUGAAAUGCAUUCCAGGUGACUACCUCAUGAAGCUGGUUGAGAGAAUACCAAGCGUGUGCAAAGCUGUCAUCAAGGCAAAGGGUGGCUAUUUGAAGAAUCUCAAAUAUAAAAUAUUUUGAUUUGUCUAGCACUUUUUUGGUUACUACAUGAUUCCAUAUGUCUUAUUUCAUAGUUUUGAUGUCUUCACUAUUAUUCUACAAUGUAGAAAAUAGUAAAAAUAAAGAAAAACCCUUGAAUGAGUAGGUUUUCUAAAUCUUUUGACCGGUAGUGUACAUGACGUAUUUCAUGCAUUUUCAUGCAAAUCCCUGGUUAGCAGUCUCAGUGUGCUGAUUACUUCUCUGUGUUACUGCUGAUGCAGUUGUGUCUGACUGGCCUUGUCUGAUAUACUGUAUCUAUCUCCAUGCUCUGUGCUGCAGGUCGGUGGGAGUGCCCGUGGCACCAGUGUGACCUGUGUGGUAAGGAGGCAGCCUCCUUUUGUGAGAUGUGUCCCAGCUCUUACUGCACACUACACUGUGACGGCAUGCUCUUCAUCUCCAAGCUGGACGGACGGCUGUCCUGCAGCGAACACGACCCCUGUGGACCAGACCCCCUGGAGCCAGGGGAGAUCAGGGAGCACCUACCUGACAUCUGUGCUCUCUCACCGGGCCUGGGGGCUGGCGUAGUAAUCCCUGGUGAUGCUGUGGCUGGUGCUGCUGCUACAGUCACUACCACAGGGACAGGGGACCCCCAGCCUAGCCCUGGCCCUGAGUCUUUCCCCCCUCUCCCCAUCUCUGGCCCCUUCUCUGGCCCCUUCUCUGGCCCCUUCUCUAGCCCCAUCUCUGGCCCCAUCAGCACCCCUCUACCCAGCUCUGAGGCCGCCGAUAGCUCUCACCUAUUCCUUCCCCAAUACUCACCCAUCUCUUCCUAUGAAGAUGAGAAAGAAGAAAUGGAGGAUCCUUUGGGUGAUGAAGAGGGGGAUAGAGAGGGGAUGGAGGGAGAGUUGGAGGAUGGAGAGAUGGAGGGCCUUGAGUUGAAAGAUGAAGAGGAGGAGGAAGAAGUAGAAGAAGAGGAGGAGGAGCAGCAUGAAGAAGAAGAAGAGGAG